AUGAUGCGGCAAACAGCGAGUCUCUGGGCAAGGAUAGCGACACAGAAGUCGCUACUCCGAGGAAAGAAUGUCCUGACGCUGGAACAUUNUCAUGCAAAAGAAGAAGGCGCUCAGUCUCUGGCGCGAGAUAAUGCGAGCCAUUACCAAANNAUCCCUGGGUCGCCGACGAAGAGAGAGAUGCGAGACUAUGCGCGCACCGAGUUCGAGAGGCACCGAGACGUGCAUGACAUUGGCCAUAUCCGUUAUCUCAUCUCGACAGGGCGCACUCAGUUCGAUGGCAUGAAGCGAUACAUCAAUGAACAGGUGCUAUGA